CACAAAGUUGUGCCAGCUCAGAGCUCUCUCUCCCUCGUAUUAGCCUGCCCCCACCAUUUCAGACCUUCCUUUCCCCACGGUGCAUGAACCUAGAGGAUCAAUCAAGGAUUAGAGGAAGAUUUUCGUUGCGAAUUCGAGGCAAGACGAGGGAAGGGGAAGGAAUUUGAGAUCAUGGCGCACCGAGUGGACAAUGAGUACGACUACCUGUUCAAGAUCGUGCUCAUUGGAGACUCUGGUGUUGGCAAAUCUAACAUCCUCUCUCGCUUCACCCGCAAUGAAUUUUUCCUCGAGUCCAAGUCCACCAUCGGCGUAGAGUUCGCCACCCGCACCCUCCAGAUAGAUGGGAAGACCAUCAAAGCUCAGAUAUGGGACACCGCAGGUCAAGAGAGGUACCGUGCGAUCACGAGCGCUUAUUACAGGGGUGCGGUUGGGGCGCUCCUCGUCUACGACAUCACAAAGAGGCAGACCUUCGACAAUGUUCAGAGGUGGCUGCGGGAGCUCCGGGACCAUGCGGACGCCAACAUCGUCGUCAUGAUGAUCGGAAACAAGUCGGACCUGAACCAUCUACGGUCAGUCCCCGACGAAGAUGGCGAGGCGUUCUCUGAGAAGGAAGGCGUCUCCUUCCUCGAGACGUCCGCCAUGGAAGCGGUUAACGUGGAGAAGGCGUUCCACACUGUGCUGAGUGAAAUCCACCAGAUUGUGAGCAAGAAGGCGCUUGCAGCGCAGGAGUCCGCUUCUACCACUGGGCGUUCUAUGCAGGGAACUACCAUCAACGUAGCUGAGGCGCCAACCAGCACAAAAGGUUCUUGCUGUUCUAGUUAAGAAAAAAAAAAGAACUGUUUGGAUCUGAAGGAGAUCUUUCGAAGCGUUUGUUGUUGCAGAACUGCACAACCAAAUAGGCUAAUACUGCUCCAUACAAUCUGUCUUCUCGUGCCCGAAGCCCAUGACUGGUAAUUUCUUAUGAAGGAACAUUUAUACCAUACGCUAUAGCUGGCUGAAUCAAAUUAAGCAAUUCCAUUUUGUAUUUAUGAAUUUAACUUAUCACGGCAUCCGCUUGUAUACCUUGGGGGGAUCGAACUGAUGGUCAUUGUACUCUGUAACACUGAUUUUUCCUAGUAGUACAGUAACAAUUAUUCUUUCCA